ACAUCUGGUAAGUUAAAUAAAGGAACCUAACGGUUCUAGUUAGCUAUAUUUCCUGAGAGGAGAAAACUUCAUCAAGAAGGAUGCUUCACUCGCUGUGCGUCUCUGGAACACUAGCCUCCUCUGCUUCUUGUUCCAAAACUCUUAAUGCCCAUGCUAAAGCUUUUUCUCCAUACCAACCUCUUUACCUUAGAUUUCGGACAUCUCAUGUUGAAAACAUUCGGUAUCUAAGGACCCUUGGCGUAAUAGACCCUGUGUCCAGGCAUCAAAGACUACCUUCACCAGAUACCAUUGACCGAGUCCUCAAGAUUGUCAACUUUCUCAAAUCCAAGGGCUUUUCCGAGUCGGACUUCCCACGACUUGCUUACCUUUGCCCAGGGCUCUUUGCUUCCGAACUCGAUCCUACUGAUAUUGCACCUGUUUUCGAAUUCCUCACUGUUGACUUAUCAGCUUCUGCUCAAGAAUCAUGUAGUUUGGUCAACAAGUGCCCUCAGAUACUAUUUUCAGACGUGGACUACUGUUUAAAACCUACCCUGAAUUAUCUCAGGCAACUGGGAAUAGAGAGGCUUAACUUUCCAAGUACUCUAAAUGCACAUUUGUUGAACACACGGGUGGAGAAGCUUCAUGGGAAGGUUAAAUUUAUGAGGAGCAUUGGCCUGACGCAUCAAGAAAUAGCAAGAAUUUGUGCACGACUGCCAUCGAUCUUUGGUUACAGCAUUGAUAACAAUUUGAGGCCCAAGUAUGAUUAUUUGGUGGAGGAGAUGGGGAGGAACUUGGAAGAACUGAAGAAGUUUCCACAAUACUUUGCAUUUAGUUUGAAGAAGAGGAUAGUUCCUAGGCAUUUGCAUCUAAAAAGGAGAAAUGUCAAACUUCCAUUGAAUAGGAUGUUACUGUGGGGUGAUGAGAAAUUUUAUGCGAGGUGGAAAUAAUUUCCAUCUCUUGUAUUCUACUAUAGGAAUAAGUGAUUGAUACUUGUUCUCAAAUAGUCAGAGAAGUCCUUACUUUC